AUGAUAUCGAAGUCAUUGCGUGAUGGUAGUAGCGGAACUCUCUCGGAGUCUAAUGUUCUUCAAUCGAGAAGUAUUGGUGAGAGUAUGAAAAGUUUGCUGGAAACGGUAGCAGCUUCAAAUCAAUCUAAUAAGAAUGAUAAAAAUAGUACUACAAAUGGUAGUACAUUAAUUAAAGUUGAACAAGCAAGUGCAUCAAAUUCGACUAAUGGUACAAAGAAGACAUCAGUACAACGGUUUACUGUCAACGAUAUCCUGUCUCCGCUAGAUAGUAUGGGUAAGUUAAACUUCAAACAAUAA